AUGACGAAGUUCGUGGAGGAAGCCCAACACGCAGACAACCACAAGACAGAGGGAAAGUCAGCACGACAGCAGCAAGCGAUCAAGCAGGAUGGCCAACAGCAGCUGGACUUUCUGCCUAUCUUCGAUGAUCGAUCCAUCGGCGUCCCGUUCGUGACGAAGGAGAUUGAGUCCGAUGCGCCUUUCAGCCAGUGGCUCAAGAAGAGGAUGGCGAACGAAGAGAACCCCCAACUGUCGAAGUUCCUGCCGUUGGUCGAUGAUCGUUCCAUCGGCGCUCCGUUUGUCAUCAAGCCGAGUUUGAGCGUGUGGCUCGAGAAGCGGAGGGCGAGGGAGGAGGCGAUGGAGGAUGGACAGCCAUGGGGUUGA